UAAUAGUUGAAUACUUUUUUAUGCUUAUUAAAAAUUAAAAAAAGUAGGAUGAAACAUUUCCUUUAAAGUAUUGCCUUUUAUGUUUGAUUUAAACAGUAAUUCUUUUUUUUUUAUUCUUUUUUUAGAUUGAGUAAGAAUCAGUCGUUAUGAUUGGAGGUUUCCGUAAAAAGGGAAAGCGUGGAAACAUUCGUAAAAAGGUUUUUGGCAGUGAUGAAGAAGAAGAAGGGGAGGAGACAAACACAGAGUCAGCAAUUAUCAAACAUGUGGCUAGUGCACCAGUAAUCGCUGCAAAAACAAAGAUAAAAAAGAGUGCUUCAACCUUAAGUUUUAAUGAUGAGUUUCAACAAGAAGAAGAGUUUGUUAUUAAACGCUCAAAAGCUAGUUUAAAUAUGCAAGAUGAAGUUAAAAAAGAAAAAAAGCGUAAAAAGAAGAAAGGAGAAGGAAAGGACAACAAGAAGGAUGAAAAUUAUAGUACUGCCGUACAGAGUAGUAAUCUUGAUAUAAAAACAUUUGAUGAUGACGAAGAGCUGGACGACAAUGAUGCUUCACAUAGGUUUAGCACGAGUCAUCGGUUUAGUACUCCUGGCGACAUACCUGAUGCUGCUACCAUUUAUGCCAUGAAGAAAAGACGUGAACAAGCCAGGCAAUUUGGUGGACAGGUCAACUAUAUACCUUUAAACACAAUUAAAUAUGAAAGUAGAUUUUCAACGGCACAAUCACGAUUAAUAAGAGAAGAAAAUGACAGUAGUGAUGAUGAGAGGCUAGAAAUGAAAGGAAAUACGGCAUCAUCACAUCCUGCCCUCGAAAGACGCAAACAGGUGGCAAAAGCAUUAGAAGAGGCACACGAUGAAAGUGAUGAGGAACACAAAGAACAUGACGAUGAAGAGUUUCAGCGAUGGGAAGAGGAGCAAAUAAAAAAAGGGAGUCAAAUUAUCACGCAACAACCUGAAGCAUAUGCACCAAAGCUACCAAGCACAAACGGUGCUCAGUCAAUAGAUAAUUACAGCAAUUCGAUGUUGCCACAACAGACUUUUCAAAUCCCAGGUGGUUAUCCCAUGCAAAUAUUUCCUACAGCAUACACAAUACCAGUAGCAGAUAGUCAAGUAUUUGAUGUUGACAUUAUUUCAAAACGGCUUUCUGAACAGUUAGAUACUAAAAAACAGUUGCAUCGUUUACAUGUUCAACAAAAAGAUAAAAACAAAUUUGAUUUGGAUUCUUCUAAAGAGAAUAUUGUUACACUAGAAAGGAAAGCUGGAGAUGUUUCUGACAGAUUCUCAUUUUACCAAGAGAUGCAAGGUUUUGUGAAAGAUUUAAUUGAAUGUCUCAACGAAAAGGUUAAAAAGAUCAAUGAACUUGAAGACUCGAUGCAUCAAGUGCUUAAGAAAGCAUCACAAAAGUUUAUGACACGUCGUCAGAAUGAUGUUAAGGAUGAGGCUGAUGAGGCUUCUGCAAAAACGAUUACAAAUGAUUCGGAUCGAAUAAACAAUGCUAAGAAUCGCAGAAUUGCAGAACGAGAGGGACGACGGAACAGAAGGCGAGAGAAACGCAUGGAUAGUGCUGAAUCAGCACAUUACGAAGGAAUGUCUAGUGAUGAUGAAAUGUUGACGAGUGAUAGUUUGCGUUUUGAAGCUGAAAAGGCCAAAAUCCUGACGGAAGCGGAUAGUCUGUUUGAAGAUGUGAUUAACGAUUUCACUUCAAUUCCAGAAAUCAGAUCACGGUUUGAACAAUGGAAGUUCGGUUUCAAUGAGACAUACAAAGAAGCGUACUUAGGUCUUUGUUUACCAAAACUCUUUACUCCUUUUAUUAAACUUCAGUUACUUAACUGGAAUCCUCUUGAGUUGGAAGGGACAGCAGAUUUCGAAGAAAUGGAGUGGUUUUUAUCCCUCGCAGCUUAUGGUGAUCUUGGAGGAGAACCAGACCCUGAAGAUGAGGAUGUAAAGCUGUUGCCAAAUAUUAUUGAGAAGGUAUUAAUCCCAAAAAUCACAGUUUUGAUGAGAGAUGUGUGGGAUCCUUUGUCGACGAAGCAAACUAAACUGGCGACUUUUUUACUUCAAAGACUUAUUGAUGACAUUCCAACGAUAACUAGGGAUAGCAAACAGACUAAGGAAUUAGUCGACGUUAUAGUGCACAAACUAAAAGAUGCUGUGGAAACUGAUAUGUUUAUACCGCUGUAUCCUCACACGAUGCUGGAGGUAAAGAAUUCGAAAGCACUCUCAUUUCUUGAAAGACAAUUUUGGAAAGGUGUAAAGAUCCUCAGUAACUUAAUGGAAUGGAACUGGCUCCUUUCACAAAAGAAGUUACAACAACUCGGCAUCGAUGCAAUUUUAAAUAGAUACCUCAUAAUAGCGUUGCAACAGUUUCCUGAUGCGACGUCCAGUUUAGAGAAAGCAAAAAUGAUAAUAAAUGUUUUACCAAAAGAAUGGUUUGAAAAAUCCGACAAAAUUGUUCCCGGUCUAGAAAGCUUUGCGAGAUAUCUAAAUGGGUUGGCUGCUACUGUCUAUAAGUCAUCCCUGGGGUACACAGACGAAGUAAAUAAGAAGAAAAUGAAAGUUACUAUAAAGAAGAUUAUUUCCCUCUUGAUGCACAUUCAAGCUUUCGACGAAGCGCGUUCAAUCGCAACCUCAUAUAAAGAAGAGCUGCGAAAAGAUGAGUCAAGAAGUUCACCCUUCGUUUCGCAAUCUAACUCUCCCUCGUAACAUAAACUGUAGUUAUGAUGCAUGUUUCUGUGAAAAUAAAACAUCUUGCUGUCAA